AUGGAUGUGUCUGACUCGAAAAAAGAAAAAGAGAUUGAUCAUGAUGGGAAGUCCAUCGUAUCUUCACGCGCAUCGGGAGCCUCUCCACCUACAUCCCCUCGCUCACCAACCCACCUAACCGGUCACAAACCCAGCAAAUGGUACCACCUCCAGCUCCGUACCAUCGCUCCCUUCGCUCUUCCUUUGCUAUCCCUUAUCGGUUUCUUCGGAACCUUGGUCCUUGGAGGCAGUAAUGGGACAUUCGAACACAUCACCAGUCUUGUGAGACAGAAAUCACCUUCCGCCGUUUUCCCAAAUGCGAAAUAUUUGUUGUUGAAAGAAUAUACGGGGAUCAGAGCUCUCGAUAGGCAAUUGACUGUUCUCGUGACUUUCUUUGCUCCGGUUGUUGAUAGUAGAAAUGCUGCAUUAUGGUUGAAUAGUUUUUAUGGGCUGGGACAAUUCGGAGCAGCAUGGACAUUGUUGGUGAUGGAAAGUUUAAGAAUGGGGAAUAAGGGAAGGGCUGUUAGUUUCAUCGGAACAGUUGGAUUAAUCUUUCAAAACAUUACCUAUGCAGUUACAGUACCACUUUAUCUUUUCAUCCACCUCUUAACAUCACCAGUCGCAAAAGCAUUUCCAGGGACGCAUUCGAAUAGCGUUCUACUCAUCUCGUCCCUGGAUCUAAAGAUUUUACCCCUUUCAAUCACCCUAGCAUACAUUGUUCCAUCUAUUCUUAUGGGCCUUGACGCCCCAUCUCAAGUUUCAGGACAGACCCAUCAAAAAUUCAUUGCUUUGUGGCAACCCUUCCCACUCUGGACAGUCAUUAUCCAAUGGACACUUCGUUCAUUCUUUCAACUCACUGGAUCGAACCUCUCUUCGAAAGAUUCCAAACAACCACUAGCACCACAGGGAGCAUCAUAUCUUAGCAGCGCAAAGCAUGUGUAUCGCUUCGCCCUUACUUUAUGUGUAUUGACGCAUCUUCCUAUUCUCCUCAUUGCUCUCGUCCCCGCCUCAGUCAUCACAGAUAUCCUACCUAAGCUUGCUCCGUAUGCUAGUCUAAACUUUUUCGAUGUCUACGUUCCCUACUUUCCCUUUCCACUUUCUCAUCGAGUGUCGGAUUUAGCAAAUGGCGCUCACACAUUCCUUCAAUGGGAUUUGGCAGUUGGCUCAACAGCCCUCUUGUUAUGGGCGGUUUUAUUGUAUCGUAAUGCUACUACUGAAAAAUCCGUUGUAGAUCCUGACACGAGUCUUCCUUCAUAUCAGAUCCGAGAGAUGCUAGCUGGGGAGGGGAAUUCAGUCGGGGCUUUGAGGAGAAAAUUAUUGGUUAAAAUUGGUGUAUGGACAUUAAUAGCUGGUCCAGUUGGAGCAGCCACAGUGACAAUAUGGGAGAGAGAUGAGAUCGUACGACAGAAGAUUAAGCAGGGUAUUUGA